AAUGCAACAAUAAGGAUGUCAGCUGCCGUUAAACGCCGUAGAAGAAGAAGACGCAGGCUCAGUCCUGUGAAGAUGGCGGCUCUUAAUGUGGUGAGAAACAGCUGCGGACUCAUAAACGGAUUCAGGGUAUUUCCCAGGAGUUUUGCGCAAAUAAAACAUGGCGCAAUCACUGCUGCUGUGGUCCAGACGAGCCCGCAGCGGGACUGCCGCUGGUACUGCAUCAGUCACUUGUCUGUGAAGGAGAGAAUCGAUAGGAAACGGAAGGCGGCGCUCGCCGGCGGAGGUCAGAGGAGAAUUGAUGCCCAACACAAAAAGGGUAAGCUGACAGCCAGAGAGCGAGUGGAGCUGUUGUUGGACCCCAAAUCCUUUGUGGAGUCAGACAUGUUUGUGGAGCAUCGCUGCUCUGAUUUUGGAAUGGAAAAGGAUUCAAACAAGUUCCCAGGUGACAGUGUGGUGACAGGCCACGGCAGGAUCAGCGGCAGACUCGUCUACGUCUUCAGUCAGGACUUCACAGUGUUUGGUGGCAGUCUGUCUGGAGCUCAUGCACAGAAGAUCUGCAAGAUCAUGGACCAGGCCAUGACUGUGGGAGCCCCGGUUAUUGGGUUGAACGACUCUGGAGGAGCCCGGAUCCAGGAAGGGGUGGAAUCUCUAGCUGGAUAUGCAGAUAUAUUCCUGAGGAAUGUGUUGGCUUCUGGUGUUGUCCCUCAGAUCUCCCUCAUCAUGGGUCCCUGUGCAGGAGGGGCCGUCUACUCCCCCGCCUUGACAGACUUUACCUUCAUGGUUAAGGACACAUCGUAUCUGUUCAUCACAGGACCUGAUGUUGUGAAGUCUGUCACCAACGAAGAUGUGACGCAAGAGGAGCUCGGAGGAGCAAAGACGCACACCACAGUGUCCGGUGUGGCUCACCGGGCCUUUGAGAAUGAUGUCGAAGCUCUGCUCAAUCUGCGGGAAUUCUUCAGUUUCUUGCCUCUUAGCAAUCAGGACCCUGCCCCUAUCAGGGAGUGCCACGACUCCAGUGAUCGAUUGGUACCUGCGUUGGACACCAUUGUUCCGUUGGAGUCAACGAAAGCCUACGACAUGUUGGAUAUCAUUCAUGCGAUUGUGGAUGAGAGGGACUUCUUCGAGAUCAUGCCCAACUUUGCAAAGAACAUUGUUGUGGGAUUCGCCCGGAUGAAUGGACGCACCGUAGGCAUCGUUGGUAACCAGCCAAAAGUGGCUUCUGGUUGUUUGGACAUUAACUCCUCUGUGAAGGGCGCUCGCUUUGUGCGCUUCUGUGAUGCAUUCAACAUUCCCAUCAUCACCUUUGUGGAUGUUCCAGGUUUUUUACCAGGUACAGCUCAGGAGUACGGUGGCAUCAUCAGACACGGCGCCAAACUGCUGUAUGCUUUUGCCGAGGCCACUGUUCCGAAAAUAACCAUCAUCACCAGGAAGGCUUACGGGGGAGCCUAUGACGUGAUGAGCUCCAAACACCUGAGAGGAGACGUGAACUACGCCUGGCCCACAGCUGAGGUUGCCGUCAUGGGAGCAAAGGGCGCUGUUCAGAUAAUCUUCAGGGGAAAGGAGGACCAGGCGCAGGCAGAGGCCGAAUAUGUAGAGAAGUUUGCAAACCCGUUUCCUGCUGCUGUCAGAGGGUUUGUGGACGACAUCAUCGAACCAGCGAGCACUCGUAAGAAAAUCUGCAGAGAUCUGGAGGUGCUGGCCAGCAAGAAGCAGAUCAACCCCUGGAAGAAACACGCAAACAUCCCUCUCUGAACAUGCCCACGUUGAGUCGCCGUGGGCUUCUUGGCAUUCGGAUCAACAAUAGCAAUAAAUGUGGGCCAACUGUCAUAGAUCUGAACAUUUCUCCUCCCAUCUUUUUAUUCACCACUCCAGUGUUUGUAGCACUUAAACAUACAACUUUUCUGAGCGCAGCCAAGCUCGUGGUUGAUGCUUUUGAAACUCAAAACUGUGAUCUGUUAAAAGUAGCUGUGAGGAACAGCUGGUGGAGUUGCCGCCAGUUUUAACCGUAAUUUAUGAUGUGUUGAGCUUUACCGCCGAUAUGUCAUCGAACAUGGAUGUUGAGGAAAACAGCAGGCUCACUGAUUUUUCACACAAGUAGUGACCACAUUGGACAUUAUUGUUGUACAUUUGGAAUGAAGAGGUGUCCAAAGGUGUGAAUUUGAUGGCAGAGAAUAUAGGUGGCUGUUAAACACGUCUGUCUUCAUCAUGUGUUUCUGGUUGUUUCCACUCUGCCGUUCUAGGUCAAGGCAAGAUGUAGAAGAACAAACAAGCUGUGCCUUUUCCCCCUGGCAGGAUCUGUUCUGCUGGAUGUAAAAUAAAAUGUUGAAUCUUCUCCUGUGCAAAUGUGUUUUAAAUUAUGCAGUUCUAAAGUUGAAAAGAAUAAAGUAACAUUCUUUGGUGUGCUAAUACAA